AAUGUGAAAUCCUUGAUGAUUUGGAUCUUGGACAUGAUACAAGUCAGCAGGCAACUACACAGCUGUUGAUUUAUCAAUCACUGAUAUACUAAGUGUACCUGUGUGCAUUGAUAACAGUUAAUUUAUUACCAAUUAUUAUUAGCUUGCCAUUGGUACUGAUAUUUGUAAACUAUUUAAUAAUGAUCCUGCUUAGAAAUCCUCAGUAUUUAAAUCAUAUCAAGACUAAUGGAACUACUAAAAGACUUCCUGUGAUUUAUUCAAUAUCUAAUCGAACAAGAGUAACAAAUGAAGCCGAUGAAUAUGAAUAUAUUCAACGUAGCAAAUUACCAACAAUGCAUUUCCAAAAGUCACUUCCCAGAUUGCCGAUUCCAAAAUUAGAAAACUCUUGUCGAAGAUAUUUGAAAGCACAGCAACCAAUACUGACACCUAAAGAAUUUAAGGAAACAUCAAGUUGUGUAUUAAAAUUUUUGUCUGAAGAAGGACCUCCGCUUCAAAAGUUACUACUGGAGGAUGACAAAUACAAUAAACAUACGAGUUAUAUCAGUGGUUAUUGGUUUGAUAUGUACUUAAGGGAUAGAAAACCUCUUCCAGUUAAUUAUAAUCCUCUGCUGGUUUUUGUUCAGGAAAAAGAUGAUCGUUAUAACAAACCACUGGUGAAAGGUACCAAUCUCCUUGUUUCAUCAGCAAGAUUCAUGAAAUCUCUGAGAGCUGAGAUUCUGGAGCCAGAGGUUUAUCACGUCGAUCCUAAAAAAUCAGACACUGAUUUAUUUAGAACAGUAACUGGGUUGAUGCCUUCGAAUGUCGCUACCUACGCAGCCUAUUUCUUUGGAGCCUAUCCACUUGACAUGUCGCAGUUUCCUUAUCUCUUUGGUACCACCCGCAUUCCAAAACCCACCAAAGAUACUUUGACUCAUGACCUUACAUCUGAUCAUGUUGUGAUAAUGCGCAAAGGUCAUUUCUACAUGAUGAAUAUCUUAGAUGACCGUGGAAAAGUUUGUUCUCCAUUAGAUAUAGCUUCUUGUUUAAAAUAUAUUCUGAAUGAUGAGCGGCCACCAAAUGAUUGUCCAGUUGGUGUUUUAACGGCAGCGAAUCGUGACCACUGGGCUAAAAUACGUGGUCAUUUAAUAGCUUUAGGAAAUGAAAAUGUAUUACAUAAAAUUGAAUCUGCUGCUUUUGUGUUUGCGUUGGAUGAUGACGAUCAUGUCGAGGCAGAUUAUCACAAAUUAUUGAGAUUAUUUUUACACAGUGAUGGUACUAAUAGAUGGUUUGAUAAAUCUUUCUCGUUGAUAAUGUCUGGUGAUGGUGUUGCCGGAAUUAACUUCGAGCAUUCUUGGGGUGAUGGUGUUGCUGUACUUCGUUACUUCAAGGAUUUGAAACAUGACAUUGAAAAAAAACCGCGCUUCCAUCCUGAAGAUGAAGCAUCGGUACCAGGUAUACCAGCUGCAAUUAAAAAACUUGACUUUAAAAUAGACGAUAAAAUCAGAGAGAUAGUUCAGUGUAAUAUUAAAGAAUACAAACAAUGGACGCAAGAUAAAUUAACAGUUGACUAUUUAAUAUUCGAAGAAUUUGGCAAAGAAGAGUGUAAAAAAUUUAAAGUAAGUCCUGACGCUGUGAUGCAGCUGGCAUUUCAAUUAGCGCUUUACAAGAAUGAAAAACGUGCAGUUCCGACUUACGAAUCCUGCAGCACAUCGGCUUUCAAACACGGGCGUACUGAGACGGUUAGAUCGUGCACUAAUGAAACGAAAGCACUCUGCAAAGCUAUCGUUGAUCGCGGAGUUUCAACAGCAAAUGAUGAUGAGCUAAAAAAACUUAUGAUCGAAUGCAGCAAAGCGCACACUAAUCUUGUCAAAGAGGCUGCAAUGGGACAGGGUUUCGAUCGACACUUGUUUGCUUUGAAAAAAAUAGUCGAAGACUCGGAAAAUAUUAGCAUGCCUCUUUUAUUCAAAGAUCCCGCCUAUCAAAAAAUAAAUCACAAUAUUUUGUCCACUUCGACUUUAUCAAGUCCAGAAGUUAUGGCCGGAGGAUUUGGACCCGUUGUCGAAGAUGGUUACGGAAUUGGAUAUAUGAUCCAAGAUCAUAAAUUAGGCACAGUAGUAACAGGCUAUCGAGGACACCGCGACUCAUCAGAUUACGUAAAGUACUUAAAAUCAGCAUUCGAGGAUAUUCAUAGGAUUUUAAAAAGUAAACAAUAAGUAUUUGUUUUUUAUAAUUAUUUAUCAGUGCUUUCAAUAGCAUUUGCAUACAUACAUACAUUUAUAUAUAUAUAGAUAUAUAUAUAUAUAUU